CAUGAAGCUGAGCGAAGCAGAGGCUCUGAGGAGCUCCAUCAAAAAGGAAGGAAAUGCCAUCGACCGCUUUGAGGAGGCCAUCUUCUUCAGCCUCAAAGGAGAGGUAAAGAGGCAGGUCUGCAGUAACGUGGGAUGUGUGAAGCUGGCCAAGGAAAUGAGCAGGCAGGCGCUGAGACUGCUGGAAAAGCGGUUCCCCCGGACUCGUGCCGGGGCCUUUGUCAAGUCUCUGUGGGAAGGGUUGAAGCGUGCUCCUCAGGCCACAGGCAGAGCGUCCUUCCUUCCCCAGGAGGCUCGGAGGAAGAAGCAAGCCUGGCUGGUUCAGCGGAGCAGAUGCCUCUCCUUGCUCGAGGACCUCUACAGCCAGGAGGGCACAUCUGGCGGACAGAGGUUCUCCCGCCUGGCAGCACUCAUGAAGGCCAACACGGACAGCAAGAUGCACUCCUAUCAGGCAGCAGACUCACACAUUGGACAAGCCUUGAAUUAAGGAAA